CUUCCCUUACAAUCAGAAAAAACACUGUAAGAUGAAUUGAUUUGCAAAGCUUCAAUCGUGCUUCGGCUCUUUGAAUGUUGCUGCAGAGUUGAGCUUUUAGACAACGGAAGUGAUGACUUACUAUCGAUCACUGCUCUUCGCCUACUGCUUUCUCUCCUCUUUCAUCUCCUUGGUCGUUCUAACCCACGGCGCAGGCUCCAUUGUCUUCGACACUUACGGCCGCAGCCUCUACGGCUUCGACAUCUUCGUCACCACCAUAGACCCCUCCUCCUCCUCCCAAGCAGAGCUCCAGGUAACCGAUGGCGUCUCCGUCAACUACAACGGUUACUUUCCCUCUUCCCCUUCUUCCCUUCUUUCCCUCCUCAACUAUUCCUGCUCCUCUCAAGAAAAUCACAUCGACGCCCUCGUCUAUGUCACAGAGCGCCGCGGCUAUUCCACCAUCUACCUCGACCUCUUCCCUUCCUUAUCAUCCCCAUCCAAUCGACGGGAAAUCCUAGAACUGCCCCCUCGCCUCCAUUUCCCCGUACUUUCUCUGCUCGAUGGCCGUUCCUCUGUCUCCGUGAAGGACCGUCCUUCCCUCUCCGGCGAUAGCCUCAUCUUCGUCUCCACACACGAGCCCUCGCCCUAUCCGAGGCAGAGCUGGGCUGCAGUGUACUCCACCCACCUUUCUACUGGCGCCACCACCCGCCUUACCCCCAAUGGUAUUGCCGAUUUCAGCCCGGCCGUCUCCCCCUCUGGCCGUUGGACUGCGGUCGCCUCUUCCGGCGAGCGCGGGUGGUCAGGUGAGAUCCAGGAACUCAACACUGACAUCUACCUCUUUAAGACAAGCGAUGGAUCGGCACGGACUUUGGUGGUCGAGCAUGGUGGAUGGCCGUGUUGGGCGGAUGAAUUCACCCUCUACUUCCAUCGAGAAAGCUCAGAUCAAUGGUGGAGCGUUUACAAAGCUUCAAUUAUGAUUCAAGGAGACGCCCCUGUGUUGAUUUCGAUUGAUAGGAUAACUCCUCCUGGUUUCCAUGCCUUCACUCCGGCGGUGAGUCCCGCUGCUCCUGAGCUUAUAGCCGUGGCGACGAGGAGAGCCAGCUCCCAGUUCCGGCACAUUGAGCUCAUCGAUCUUAGAGAUGGGAGGAAUGCAUAUGUUGAGGUCACUAGGCUCACUACCCCUACGGCUCAUCAUUUUAACCCCUUCUUCUCUCCUGAGGCGGGCAAGAUUGGCUACCAUAGAUGCCGUGGCAGCCGAAACAGCGGCAACCCUCCAUUGUUUCUGGAGAACAUGAAGAGCAUAGUACCGGAUAAGUUUUCACUAUUGAGGAUUAAUGGCGCUUUUCCUUCCUUUUCACCAGAUGGUCGGAAAAUUGCCUAUGUGAGUCUCCCUGGCGUGUACGUAGUUAAUGCUGAUGGCUCAAACCCAUUAGAGAUUUACAGUGGCAAUGCUUUUGGUACUGCUUGGGAUUGGAAGAGAAAUGGAGUCAUCUACACCAGUCUUGGUCCUCAGUUCGCUCAAGAAAGCACUGAAGUUGACAUCAUUUCUAUUACACUGAGUGAAGAUGAUGACAAAUCAGAGCCUCCUCUUAUCAAAAAACUAACUUCAGGAGGGAAGAACAACGCCUUUCCUUCUCCAUCACCUGAUGGCAAGUGGGUGGUGUUUCGUUCCGGCCGGUCAGGUUACAAGAAUCUCUAUAUAAUGGAUUCUAUUGAAGGAGAAAGCGCAGGAAUUUACCGGCUCACAGAAGGACCUUGGAGUGACACCAUGUGUAAUUGGUCUCCUAACGGAGACUGGAUUGCCUUUGCUUCUGAUAGAGACAACCCUGGAAGUGGGAGCUUCUCUAUCUACAUGAUUCACCCAAAUGGAACUGGAUUGAGAAAAGUUGUGCAAAGCGGGAAUGGAGGGAGGACAAACCAUCCAUGGUUUAGCCCGGACUCUGCAAGCUUGGUGUUCACAUCUGAUUAUGCUGGGGUCUCAGCAGAGCCUAUCUCGAAUCCUCACCAUUUCCAACCUUAUGGAGAAAUUUUCACCGUGAAGAUCGAUGGUACUGAGAUAAGGCGUCUCACACACGACUCUUAUGAAGAUGGCACUCCGACAUGGACUUCAUCCUUCUUGAAGCCGUCUGAUGUUGCAGAAUCUUUACAGGGUGUGGCUUUUUGCCGCUUUGAUGACUGUCACUGGCUCAGCUUGCAGAAUCAAAUCAAUGAUGUCUUGAAUGGAACUAUUUGCCAAGUUAUUUAGAGUAUAUUGUAGUAUGCGAAUAAGCACGAAGAAAUCUGGUAGAGUUUUUGCGACUGUUGUAUGCAUACAGAUCUGCUUGUUUAGUAUAGAUUUGUUACCUAUGUAAAGAAGGACACAGUGGGCAUCGCUUCUUAUAUGCUCUAAUAGUAUCAAAUAUUUAAUGUUUAAAUCAUAAAAUUUCAGGGGA